GCCUAUAAUUUAUCCGAUUUGGAUGAGACUACUAACGCCCCAGCCAGCCAAACUCUGCCACUUUAUCCGCCACUUAACUCAACUUCCUCUUUGGCCUCAACUAUUAAUGAGGGCGACAAUGAUUUUGACGACGUUGGCGGUGAUCUCGGUGGAUUUGAGGAUUCUGAGUCGGGUGCUUUUCAAGGUCAACAGUAUAUCCACAGUGGUUACUCUCUUAAUGAGGGAGCGAUUGGACAGGAAGAAAGUAAAGAGGAGAGAUCUUGCAAAAUCUCUCUAGCUAACAGGCAACUAUCCGGCAGUGGUACAGAAAAUCUUCAGUCUGGACCCCGAAGCGGUGAAUUUCAGGACGGUUUUGGCUCGGAUGUAGGCACUCGAGACUCCAUGCCUUCUUGUACUCCAAGUGGCUCUAGUUACGGCGAAUCUGCCGCCUAUACUCGCGCCUCGUCUGCGAGCAAGUCUUCGUUGCGUCACCUCCACGGUAUAGGUGCUCCUCAGCAUAUGGCACCUCAUCGCUAUCAAGAUCAAAUUCCAUCUCAAGUUCAACUACAGCAUGAUCAGCAAUCUCAGCAGCAGUUGCAGUCCAAACCUCGUGUGAGUCCCGCACACAAUAUUUCCUUCACUGAGACGCAAGUCUGUCUAAGCACGCAAUUGGUUCACGCAUACAAUUGA